AUGGAUGCUAAUUCUUCACUAAACGUUCUGCCCGAAACUGAUUUCGGUCCCUCAGCCUCGGGAAGAUUUGAUUUUACUGUCUUAUUUGAGAAUGUUGUGCUAUCGAUUGUCCCAUCUGCCUUGUUCUUGAUUCUUGUCCCGCAAAGACUACUAUGGCUGAAGAGGGAGCCACGAAAAAUUGUUGAGAAUUCGCGUCUUCUUAUCAAAUUGGGUCUGAUCACCCUCUAUACUGGACUGCAGCUCGUGGUAUUGACAUACUGGACGGUUGGACCUCUGCCUACAUCUAAACCUCAAAUCGCUGCAGCGGCUCUUGUGUUUGUGAACGGCCUGUUGUUGGCCUUGCUGUCUUACGUCGAGCAUACACGCUCCGUGAGGCCUUCAACAAUCAUCAACGUCUAUCUACUUUUUACAGCCCUUUUCGAUUGCGCUAUAUCAAGAACGCUUUGGCUUCUCGAAGGAGCGCACGCAGUUGCGAGGCUGUUCACGGCAGCAACCAGCGCGAAAGCUCUCAUUCUCAUAUCUGAAGCAUGGGAAAAGAGGUCCAUACUGAGAGUCCAGUACCGCGAUCUAUCACCAGAGACGACGAGCGGUGUACUAGGCCGUAGUGUCUUCUGGUGGAUCAACCCUCUGAUGAAUUUAGGAUUCUCCAGCCUUUUGACUGAACGGGAUUUGUAUGCCAUCGAAAACAGUCUGUUGGGGAAGAGAUUAUUCGCACAAGCUGAGAAGUCAUGGCGCACCGCAAAGAAAAUAAAGAGUAGCGCUCUCUUUUGGUCGACGAUCUGGUCGUCUAGAAGAGUCUUUCUCCUUGGAAUAUCAUCACGUAUUUGCUUGAUGGCUUUCAAAUACGCGCAACCCUUUCUAAUUCAGAGAACAAUUGGAUUUGCGAGUAACCUGGAUGAAGAUAAAGCCAUUGGAUGGGGUCUUACGGGAGCCUGGUGUUGCGUCUUCAUUGGACUGGCGAUCGCUAACGCAUUCUACUGGCAUAUGACCUAUCAGUUUGUCACCGCCGUCAGGGGUAGCUUGAUCAGCCUGGUAUAUAACAAGACCCUCGAUUUGAGCAUCACGGCUUUUGACGAAUCAAUCGCUGUAACACUGAUGUCUGCCGAUACCGAAAACAUCUGCUUAAACUUCGCAAGCAUACACGAGAUGUGGGCCUCGCCUAUCGAGUGCGCAGUGGCUUUAUAUCUCCUAUACAGACAGCUUGGCAUGGCAUUUCUGGCCCCUAUGGUUGUGGCAAUAGUCUCGACAACUGGCAUCCUGAUGAUCGCUAAGUAUAUCGCGAACGCCCAAAAGCGGUGGGUUCGUGGUAUCCAGACGCGCAUCGAUGUUACUGCCUCGAUGCUGGGUUCAAUGAAAGAAGUGAAGAUGCUUGGCCUGACGGAUGUUCUCAACAACAUGGUCCAGAGUCUGCGUGUCAGAGAAUUGGACCUGUCCAAGAAGUUCCGUAAACUCAUGUGUUGGCGAGUCUUCUUCCAAAAUACCAUGGAGGCCAUAGCUCCUCUCGCUACAUUUGCGACCUACGUCGUCAUAUCGCAAGAGACAGGCAACCCUUUGAGUACCGCUUCGGCAUAUACUUCUCUUUCACUUAUCUAUCUUUUGUCAAAUCCUAUGUCCACUCUCAUACGAACGAUCCCUGGAAUGAAGGCAUCGCUUGCAUGCUUUGAUCGAAUGCAGGGCUUUCUGCUAUCGGAUAGCUGCAAGGAUCACCGCUUACCUCUCAGUGUCCGCGAUAGCCCAGGCCAACAAAACACCCAAAGCUUCGGGCCAAAUGCUGUUACUCAGGGCCAAGCUUCGAUUGAGCUACUCGACCGCUCCAACGAAUCAUCAGUGGCAGCUGGCCAGCCUCUCAUGAUCGUUUCAGACGCUAGCUUCGGAUGGUCCAAGGCUGAAGCCCCGGUUCUCCGCAAUAUUUCUUUUCCUAUCCGUAAAUCCCACUUCACCUUUGUGAUUGGCAGUGUUGGGUCUGGCAAAAGCACUCUCAUGAAGGCCUUACUUGGCGAGCUACAACCGUACAAGGGAUUUGUAUACACGGAUGCUCGACGAAUAGCAUUUGUUGACCAGAAGCCAUGGAUUCAGAACUUGACAAUUCGACAGAACAUCCUCGGCAUAUCCACUUAUCACAAAGAUUGGUAUGAUAGAGUUGUACAUGCAUGUGGGCUGGAGCAGGACAUUGGUGAGAUGCCUGACAAGGAUGCCACGAAAGCGGGUAGCGGUGGUGUUUCUCUCAGCGGUGGCCAGAACCAGAGACUUGCACUUGCAAGGGCCAUUUACUCAAUGGCAGGAGUGCUUAUUCUCGACGAUGUCUUUUCGGGACAGGAUUCUUCGACAGAGGAGCAUAUUUAUAGGAUGCUCUUUUCAGAAGCAGGGUUGCUAAGAGAGCUUGGCACGACUGUUGUUUGUGUAACCAACGCCAUUCAUCGGCUGGCAUAUGCAGACCACGUAGUUGCUCUAGGCGAACAUGGCACAGUUCAACAUCAAGGCACAUUUGAGCAACUCAAGAACGACACUGAUUACUUCCGUGGUUUACAUCUUCGGCAGAACGGGACUGCCAAGGGAGACGGCGACUCCUCGAAAGCCAACGACAAAUCGACUUCAGCACCUCAAGGACCAGAAGAAGAGACUGAAUCUGCUAACCGAGCACUGGGAGAACUUGCUACUUAUGGUUACUAUUUCAACACAGUACCCAAGUGGCAUGUCCUGUUGUUAGUGACACUCACAAUCUUGUUCGGCGCGGCCCACAAGAUGACUGAGCUAUUGCUAAGUUUCUGGACUGGUCAUUCUGUUAUUACUCAACAAAGCGUCAACAACUUCUACCUUGGACUCUACGCGAUGCUAGCUGGACUUGCAAUAAUUGGUAUCAUGGGUGCAGCUGUGCAUUACCUUGUUAUCAUGGUACCUUUGAGCAGCGAAGUUCUGCAUGCCCGGCUACUUCGGACAGUUAUGAAUGCUCCAUUGUCAUUCUUCUCGAGGAUGGAUGUUGGCGUCACAACAAACCGCUUCAGCCGUGACAUGUCCGUCAUAGACACCGAGCUUCCGUUUGCAUUGAUUGACCUGGCCAUUGACACCAGCGUCACUAUCAUGUCUGUUAUACUGAUGUGCGUGUUCUCUGGAUACUUUGUGGCCACGCUGCCCCCUCUUGCUUUCUUCUGCUGGUUGCUUCAGAGAUUCUACCUUCGAACUUCUCGCCAGAUCCGAAUCCUCGAGCUACAAGCAAACUCACCACUAUUCACGCAAUUCCUUGAUACCCUUCAAGGUUUAUCCAGUGUCAGAUCCUUCGGCUGGGUGAAGGAGUUCGAGGAACAACACUUUCAGUUCCUCGACGCAUCUCAGCGUCCAUACUAUCUCCUCUUCAGUAUUCAGCGCUGGCUAGCUGUUGUCCUUGACCUUGCAGUUGCAGCGCUGGCUACAAUCCUGAUGGUUCUCAUUGUGAAGCUUCGAGACAACUUCGAGCCGAAGUUUGUGGCAAUGGCCCUUCUCAAUGUGACAUCUUUUUCGCAGUAUCUCACGCAACUCAUCAAAAAUUAUACACAAUUAGAGACUUCUUUGGGUGCUGUUAGUCGUACUAAAGAGUUCUGCACCACAACUGACAGUGAGAAUCUUCCGGACGAGGUUGUUACUCCACCCGAGAGCUGGCCUCCUCAUGGCCAUGUGCAGAUUGACAAGUUGACUGCUGCAUAUACCGCUUCGGGUGAGCCAGUACUCCACGACGUCAGUCUGGAUAUCGCUGCAGGCUUCAAGGUCGGUGUAGUUGGACGCAGUGGCAGUGGCAAAAGCUCUUUGAUGGCCUGUCUUCUCCGGAUGUUGGAGGUUGACUCCAAUUCUAGCAUCAAGUUUGACGGCAUUGACAUCACUACACUUCCGCGACAAACUGUACGAGCCUCUGUGGCAGUCGUACCUCAGCAUCCGUUCUUCAUGAAGAAGACUACUGUUCGCGAUAAUCUGGUGCCUCGCGGUGAGCAGGCUGAAGAGAGGAUUCUCGCUGUUCUUCAUCGCCUUAGGAUGAAAGAGGCUGUAGAGAAGCUUGGAGGCUUGGACAGCAUCCUUGAUAUCGAGCGACUAUCGCAAGGUCAACGCCAACUUCUUUGCCUUGCCAGAGCGAUACUAGCCAGCAAGAAGAUAAUAUUUCUUGACGAGGCGAGUAGCAACGUCGACGCCAAGUCCGAGCAACUGAUCCGACAGGUGGUCCAAGAGGAGUUCGUGGGAUGCACGGUCAUCGCUAUUGCACAUCGGUUGGGUGCUGUUGUGGAUUUUGAUCGAGUUGCUGUGAUGGGGGGAGGAAGGGUAAUCGAGUGGGAUAACCCAAGGGAGCUACUGAAGAGGGAGAGCGAGUUCAAGAGGCUAUGGGAUUUGAGCUCUGGAUAA